GGUGUGCUUUUUGCUCCGGCUCUUCCUGCACACCGCCUUCCUGAUGGCCUAAUGGCUGGCGCUUACGCCGCUGUCGCUGCCGCAGCGGCAGCUGCUGCCUCCAGUGCGACCGGUGUAGGAGCUGGUGUUGUCGUCAGCUCCCCCUGUUCCUCCUUAUCAAUGCCUUCAUUUUCCUCAUCAUCAACCACUGCCACUACCUCUUCAAUUCAUUACCCUCGUAUUGGUCUGACUGACCUGGAAGCCGCGGGUUGUUCGAGUCCCACCACUGGGCUUCAAAAUGGUUCUUCAAGUGUUUUCUCACAAUCUGUCCACCAGCUAGCCACAAUACACUCUCCACCUCAACAUCCGUUAGGCCAGAGCCUCCGUGUUUCGAUUUCUAAUUCGGCUUCGUCGAUAAACCCAACUUCGAACAACGUGGCCUCCACAAUGCAACCCGGAUAUCAUUUGCCAUUAUCUAUGAGACAAUCUGGCUAUCCCGGUGUCACAGGACGACAGGCAUCCACCUUCAAGCCAAUUGCACUCAAAUUCGGAUUUGCUGCACAGAUCGAUCAGACCUAA